GCUCAAGCGCGCGGGUGGCUCAAGCACUCGAGCGGGCCCCGCAGGGCCGCACCCCCGUCCGUGGAGGCGCUCUCCUCGGGCAGGUGAUACGCUUGCAUUUGAGGUAUCGCUCUCGUACUCGGUCGGCAGCCGCGGGCCGUCGAGACCAUGCUCAACAGCCCCGAUGAGGACGCCAAGGGCACGGAGUUGGCGAAGACGCCGUGCAUCACGAUGCUCGCGUGCUGCUUCGCCGCCCUGAUCAUGCCCACCGCCUGCAUCGGCCUGGCCCUGGGCCUGAUGAGAGCGGAGCCCGAGCUCGACGUGUGGAACAUUUGGGCCCCUGAUUCGGGGGACUACGCCACGGACAAGAAGUACCUCCAGAAUCUGGUGGACACCACCGACAUGGCCCAGUCCGGGAGAACAUCAUGCGCGUUCCUGUCGCACGCGAGGGAUGGCGAGUCGCACCUGCGGAAGGCGCCCCUCUCCGAGCUGAUCGAGAGGAUGAAGGCCAUCGAGGCGGUCGAGGUCGAGUACAAUGGGAACACGUUCUCGUAUUAUGAUGCGUGCACCGGCGGCCAAGCGAACAAGGACAUGCACCUGGGCUACACUCUGCCAUGCCCCGUCGUCUCUGCGGUUCAUUCCUACCGCGAGGGCGGCUGGGAAAUGGACAUCAUUCCGCAAGCGAGCACGCUUUGGUACCAGGAGCUGGUGCCCCUCGUUGCACGUCCGAUCGUUGCCUCCUUGCUCCUGGCCACGGACUUCCCACCAAUUCCGGACUUUGGCACCUUGUACGCGCCGGCGCUGGGCCUGCCAUCCACCGCAGUCUGUAUCCCGGUGGCAUAUUGCGACCUCGCGGUGGCAGCGAAUCCGGCCGCCCAGGCUGCGUGCUGCGUCUACGAGUGCGCCGCCACGUGCGCAACAGCGUUCGCCCAGGCCAUGAACCCCCAGGCCCUGGACCCGACGAGGCUGACAGCGGACCCGGACUGCAACGCGUGCAUGAUCCAAGCAGAGCGCGCCCUGUUCACCGCCCUGGAGGACCCAGUUCUCGCCGCCGGCUUCGGCAUGGGAACCUACGUCUACAACUCCCCCGAGCUCAACUACGGCGACUGGACGUUUUCCAACAUCCAUAACGAAUUCGUUGACGCCGACAACCUUCACUACAAGGACGUGUGGAUUUACAACCUCGCGCUGUAUGGAGCGUUCGUGACACUUGGCCCGUCUCUCGGAAUACCCGCUGGCUACGUAAUGACAAUGCCUCAGUUCGAGACGAACGUGUUGAACUUACUGUACGGCGUAGUUCCCUACGUUACCAACACAUUCACUGCCGAGGCAACCUCGUUGGGCUUGGACAAGGGCCUCAGGAGCAUCGAGGCCAAUGGCACCACCGAGAGGGAAUUGCACCAGUGGGCCAGCGGUGACAUCAGCGGCUGGAACCCGUUGCAGAACUACCCUAGCGAGCUGAUGUUCGGGAGAACGGUCUCCGACGACUCCGAUGUCUUGACGAAGGUGGAGGGGCUUCAAGCGGUGUACUUCCUCAAUCAGCCGAAGUACUUCGCUGAGAAGGUCGCCAGUUCCAUGCGCGCCCAGGGCCCUGGCCUCCGCGAUCCCGUGACGAUCUCCGAGGACGACGCCAAGAAGAUCCUCGAGCAGAUGAAGGAGAAGAUGGAGGAGGUCUGGACCAACAAUUGGGACAAGAGCGAUUCCGCAACCACUGACGUCAACAAGUAUUCCGCCUUCACCGGAGGAUACGGCGGGACGUUCUACCGCGCGCUGAAGAAGAUGACAGAAGAUUCCGUGACGCCGUCGAUUGUGAGUUACUUGGCCAUCAUCGUGGUGUCCGUCCUGCUGAUGUUCUCGCCGUCCCUGACGGAGUCCAAGAUGCUGGUGAGCUUGUGCGGGGCGCUGUUCUCGGUCGUGGCCUUCUGCGGCGCGCUGGGCGUCGUGGUGCUGACCGGCUCGAAGCUCAUGUUCACCUCAGUGUGGACGCUCCCCUUCCUCCUGGUCGGCCUCGGCGUCGACGACAUGUACGUCAUCCUCACGACGCUCGUCCAGGAGGGCGGCAACACACCGAGCGGGUUCUUCAAGGCGAUGAGGGGCUGCCUGGUCCCCGUGACCAUGACGAGCUUCACCAACGCAGGCAUGUUCGGGAUGCUCAUGUUCGUCUCGGUGCCAGCCGUCCGGGAGAUGGGCAAGAUCGCGAUGAUCUCCAUCGGCCUCCAGUACAUCACAAUGGUCACGGCCUUCCCGUGCAUCUGCUACCUGGACAUGGUCCGCAGUUCCAGCCGGCGAUUGGACUGCCUGUGCUGUGUCAAGGGUACCCGCUCCGAGCCCGUCAAGCACCUGGCGUACUCGUGCAUCUACAGGCCCAUCCUCGGAUCCGUACUGGCGCGCAUCGUCAUCGCGAUCGUGUCCCUGGGCCUCGUCGGCGUCGGCGUAUAUGGCGCGAUGGAUGCCGAAGUCGGCGGGGGUCUGAAAGAGUUCUUCCAGCCCGGCACCGUCGAGCACGAGUUUAUGGAGAUGCAGGAGGAGUACUUCGACGUUUCGUGGCCCCUUGCGGUGAACUUCGGCGAGUUGGAGUACACCAACCCAGAGGUCCAGAUGCACAUGAUCGACAUCUACGAGAAGGUCAUCGCCACCCCGUACGCGAGCAAGGUCGAGACCGACUCCCUGUGGACUGCGUCGCUUGCCCUCUGGGGCACCGUGGACUGCAUGGACGUCGGCCUGGGGAUGAAGUGCGGCAUGGAUUACGGCUGCAACUCCGAGUGGGUGGUCAACACCCGGGGCCUCAAGCUGAACACUGCCGAGAACCCGGGCGUGUGCAAGCUCGGAGCCGAUAUCGCCAUCCUUCCCGGGGAGACGUCCCCCUACGACCCCACCGUGGAGUACUGCCCGGUCUUCAGCGGGUGGUCGGAGGAAAAGAUGGCGCAGUGCAUCGGCAUUUGGUCAACGCGCGGCCUCAGCGGGAAGGGCUCGGUGACCCUCGGGGCGCCGCUCAACCUCUCGGCCGAGUACGAGAACACCCCAGAGGUGCCGAUCAAGAGGACUGUUGCCGACGGCAAUGGUUUGCUGUUCAACGUCGGUAUCGUUGGCAACCAGGGCUACGUGGACGCCAUCGAGGCGACCCGCAAGUUCUGCGACGAGGACGACUCGGACGGCAUGCGCUGCUGGCUGCAGGGGGUCGCCUACGACUUCUGGGAGCAGUACAUCGACCUUUUCGAGACUGCAUGCUUCGUGUCGGCUUGUGCCGGCGCCGCUGGCUUCGUCAUCUCGUUCAUCUUCUUGGUGGUUAGCUUUUGCGCCGACAGCACGCUGAAAGCGGGCAUCGUCGGCAAGAUCCUCGCGGCCUUAUUCGGGUCUAUUAUCAUCGUGGUGCUCUGUGCCAUGUCGAUCGUCACGGUCUUCGGGAUUACUACCCUUGCAGGGAGCUCUUUUACUGUUUUGCUCUUGACCAGCGUCCUGACGGCCAUCGGCUUCUCAGUGGAGUUUGCGGUGCACAUCGUGCACCGCUUCCUGACGGCACCGCAGAACAAAGAGUCGGCGAUCGACCGCGUCAACCACGCGAUGGAGUUGUUGAGCUUGCCAAUGGGCUGCGGCUUCCUGGCCUCCGUCGUUGGGCUCCUAUGCAUGCUCGCAACAGACAGCAACCUGGUGCGCCAGGUGUUUUUCCUGCCGCUCAUCUUGGUGCAAGGUGUAACGUUUUUGUUUGGAACGUUCUUCUUGCCGGCCGUGCUCGCCUGCAUCCCGUGCUCGUGCCUCAAGAUCGGGCCUGACGCGGAGGAGGAUCAGUCGACACGCCAGGAUCCGUCGACACGCCCGCCGAGUACUUCAUCUGAGUCUAUCUCAAUUUGAGGUGGGGUCGGUUUUGUUCCAACUGAUAUUUUUAUACGCUUGUCUUGAUGUCUAGAGUGGCACCAGAUAUUCAAGUGCCUACGGCAUGCGGCAAGUUCCACCACAGUGCCAGCGCAGCCCUUUCUCAUC